CCCGCGGGAUCCCGGAGUCCGAGCCGGCCUGGGGCCGAGGCCGCCCGAGCCGCGCCGUGAGCGAACAUGGCAGCAGAAUGAGGAGGCUGGCGCCGGGUCGUGGCAGCCCGCGCCGCGCUGCAGUUCGAGAUCCGCGCCCGGCGCCCUCCGAGCCGCGUGCUUAGCCGGCCUCCUGGCGGCCGCUGGAUUAUUUCAUUCCGAGCCAAGGGCGGGCAAGAAAGGGGACCCCGCAGCCGCGCGGGUCGGUGCUCGGGCAGGCUGUAGAGGCUCGUGCGUGCGAGUCGCCGGCUGCGGAAACCACGCGGGAGAGAGCGGGUCGCCGGAGGCGCGGACGCGGGGAUGAGCCGGCCAUGGGGCGGCCGCGGCGGGGCUCGAGGAGCCGGCCGGCGCUGCGGCGGAGGUGCCGCCUGAGCCGGGGCUCCGCGGGGCUUCGGGGCCUCGGGCGCCCCGGGGGGGUCCCUGCCGCCGCCCCCGGGAGGGACGAGAGCCCCGGUUGGCGGACACUGCAGCAGACGCCGUACUGAGGCGCCCCGAGCCUGCUCCGCCCGCAGCUCGGUGCGCUCUCGGCACCCGGGCGCCUUGCCCGGGGCACGGGCGGCUGGCGCACCGCGGCGAGCCGGGCGCAGGACUGGCUAGAGGGGUGUGUGUGAGCGCGUUGGAUUGGAGAUCUGAGCUAAGGCAGAACCCGGCGGACCAGAGCAGCCAUGCUUCCCGGGGUGGGCGUGUUCGGCACCAGCCUCACGGCCCGUGUCAUCAUCCCGCUGCUGAAAGAUGAGGGCUUCGCGGUGAAGGCGCUGUGGGGCCGCACGCAAGAGGAAGCGGAGGAGCUGGCCAAGGAGAUGAGCGUCCCCUUCUACACCAGCCGCAUUGACGAGGUGCUGCUGCAUCAGGACGUGGACUUGGUGUGCAUCAACCUGCCGCCGCCCCUCACCAGGCAGAUCGCUGUCAAAACCCUGGGCAUCGGCAAGAACGUCAUCUGCGACCGCACGGCCACGCCGCUGGACGCCUUCCGCAUGAUGUCGGCCGCGCACUACUACCCCAAGCUCAUGAGCAUCAUGGGCAACGUGCUGCGUUUCCUGCCGGCCUUCGUGCGCAUGAAGCAGCUCAUCGAGGAGGGCUACGUGGGCGAGCUGCUGGUGUGCGAGGUGCAGGUGCACAGCGGCAGCCUGCUGGGCAAGAAGUACAACUGGAGCUGCGACGACCUGAUGGGCGGCGGCGGCCUGCACUCGGUGGGCACCUACAUCAUCGACCUGCUCACCUUCCUCACCGGCCAGAAGGCCGUCAAGGUCCACGGCCUGCUCAAGACCUUCGUGAAGCAGACCGACCACAUCAAGGGCAUCCGCCAGAUCACCAGCGACGACUUCUGCACCUUCCAGAUGGUGCUGGAGGGCGGCGUGUGCUGCACCGUCACCCUCAACUUCAACGUGCCCGGCGAGUUCAAGCAGGACGUGACCGUGGUGGGCUCGGCCGGGCGCCUGCUGGCGGCGGGCACGGACCUGUACGGGCAGCGCAACAGCGCGGCGGAGCAGGAGCUGCUGCUGCAGGACGCCACGCCCGUCAGCAACUCCCUGCUGCCCGAGAAGGCCUUCAGCGACAUCCCGGCGCCCUACCUGCGCGGCACCAUCAAGAUGAUGCAGGCCGUGCGCCAGGCCUUCCAGGACCAGGACGACCGGCGCACGUGGGACGGGCGGCCGCUCACCAUGGCCGCCACCUUCGAUGACUGCCUGUACGCCCUGUGCGUGGUGGACACCAUCAAGCGGUCCAGCCAGACGGGCGAGUGGCAGAACAUUGCCAUCAUGACCGAGGAGCCCGAGCUGAGCCCCGCCUACCUGAUCAGCGAGGCCAUGCGCCGCAGCCGGAUGUCCCUGUACUGUUAGCCCAGGACUGGGGACCUAGGCGGACGCAGGUCUUGGGCGUGGAGCCCGGAGUGGAGGAAGGAAGGCGAGGGGCGGGGGCAGAGGCGGCCUCGAGGAGUGCAGGGCGGGAAGGUGGCGGGGGUCAGUGUGAGUAAGUGGCAUUGUGGGGGGGUGAACCCCCAGCCCGGGUGAGGGACACCGAAGAAGACUGAUGGCGGGCCGAGCCAAUAGUGGCCGGCAGUAUUAAGGGCGUGGGGUGUGGGGGCUGCUAUUCCUGACAUCAUGCCUGCCGGGUCUUCGCAUAAAGGGGGAGGAGGCUUAGCAGCUUCCGUUGCCCUUGACCAUGAGAAGCAGAGAGGGGGUGCUUUCCUCGUCUGCUCAUCCACCCCUUCACUUUGGAGAGCCACAUGCUCCUGCCAUCCAGUGGCAAGGUCAGCCCCAGCGGGCUUCCAACCCCCCCCCCCCCAAACCCCAUCUGUCUGCAGAAGCCUGUUAGUCUGGGGAGAAGUAGAGGUGCAGCAGGCUAAUGAGAACGUUCAAAUUCCAGGAAGCCACUUAAAAUGUCUGGAGGAAAGAGCACUUGGUAGCAAAGCCAACAAUGAUCUUGAUUGAUUGGUGUUGUUCAUAGGAAGCAGAAGGGAGUGUCUUCCUAAUUGGUUCAUUGCCAUUGGCCUGGCCUGAGAUGGGGUAAGGGAGGGCCAGCAACAGCAAGUGAGCCAGAAGGAGAGCACCAGAGCACACAGGGCCUGGAGACAGAGGAGGCAGAGAAUACAACAGCCCUGUGGGUUUGUCAACAAUUAGAAAAUUGCAAGGAGCCACCUUAUACCGCUACUUUGGCUAUGGUGGAACUGAGUGUAGGGGGAUAUGCUACUGAAAUGUCCUUCCACGGGGCUCUCUGGCAGGGUCAAAGGCACGGCAGGAGUGGGUUUGACCACAGACUCCCAUCCUGGGGCCUCUGGGGUUGCAGUGGGUUCACCCAGCUUUGUGGAUUCAAAAGGGAAGACUUCAGUUCCACGCAGAUAAUAAUCUUCUUCCCUGGGUUGGAAAAUAGUCAAGGCUAUUUUCCUUAGCUUUGACCUUUGCUUUCAAGAUGCUGACACUUGCAAGUUUUUGAAUCGGUAUUAAAAAAAGACCAACCAGGAACAUAAUGCUCAGUGUUUCUAAAACGGGGUUUUAGAGCCCUCAAGGGUGUAUCUUCAGGUAGGACUGUGAAGGUUCAUGUUGGAAAAGAAAAUGUAUUCUUCCUUUCCUUGGUCUCUGUUUCUCUCUCAUCUUGUUACUCUCUGCUUCCAGAGCUUUUACUGGAAAUGGUAGAUGGCUUGGAGUGGGUAGUCCCAAAGGGAACAACUGAAGUUACAUAGACACACGCACACAGACACACGCACACACACUCACCACCACCACCAAAUGUCACUGAAACCGUGCUUAAAAAUUCAGACCUUUCUCGAAAGAAACACCCCACGGGGGAGUCAUCUUAUCUUAAUUUUUCAUCCCCCGUUGGACACUUGUCAGGCUUGGAUGCGGAGACCAUUACUUGCAAAUCUACGUGGCUUUUGUUUACAGGUCUAAGAAAUCCAACAGUUGUCUCUGGCACAGAGCUGAGGUGUAGACAUCUCUUCAGAGGACUGGUGGUAGAACUGGAAGGGAAUUUAAGGGGCCGUGAGGACCCUCCACUCCCAUCCCAGGCUCCAAGGAGGCAGAAUCUGAAAAUGAACAGAGUAGUCCCUUGUAUCCUCUGUCCUCCUCCCAGGGUCUAUACACUAUAUCACCCCGGCUGCCCGUGAGUGCAGGGUGGGCGUGUCCAAAUGUGUUGGUCAUUUUCCAGCACAGAGGAGGAAGGAUUGCCUUCCUGGAAGGAGUUACCCUGCUUCCGGGGCCCAACUGCAACCUGGCUGGGUUAGUCAGCUGACACUCUCUGGGGUACAUGGCGGUCCUUGACAUCACAACUUUGUGAUGAGCAUGCCAGCUUUUGCAGCUGUCAGUUCAAAGCUAGAGAUUUAGUAGAACAAACGAGUCCCAGUAAUAGUUUGAGCAGAGGGCCGUGUGGUAGACUGUUGGAGUUCAAGUUCUCCUAAAUCGCCCUCUGGAUAAAUAACUUUUGUAGGCACUGAGUGGAAA